GUUGCACAGCACUGGACAACAGAUGUUCUGUGGGACUCGCAAAAAGGCAAGAAGAAGAGUGGUUAUGAAAACACGAGCCGCGUCAAAAUGUUGAGAAAAACACUUAAUAACUUGCCUCGCUUUAGCCAGCUAUGCGGCCUGCCGCGACGGCUUCAAAGCACACAGGCAGAGGCUGCGCCGGCAAUUGCCACCACAGUAUCGACGGAGGAGUCCGAGCCCGAAGACAUUGCCGUGAUAGAGCAGCGGAUUCUGAAGCAUCCGGACUACUUCCAGGUCCACAACCUCUUCACCGUGCGAGACCUGUUCAAUGCACGCGUGCACUAUGGACACAAAGAGGGCUCUCUAGACGACCGCAUGCGUCCGUAUCUGUAUGGCAGUCGGCUGGGACAUUUGGUUUUCGACCUGGACAAGACGGCCGUGCAUUUGCGGGAUGCUCUCAAUUUUGUUGCACACAUAGCCUUCCGGGAUGGCAUCAUCUUGUUCUUCAAUCGCAACGCCCUCAAUGCCCAUCUGGUGGAGCAAAAGGCCUUGGAGGCCGGCGAGUUCUCACACACGCGAUUCUGGCGGGGCGGCAUCUUCACCAACGCAAAUGUGCAGUUCGAUGCGGUUACCCGUCUGCCCGAUCUCUGCAUUUUCCUGAACACCCAAAACAAUGUGAUGUCACAGCACACGGCGGUGAGGGAUGCGGCUAAGAUGGCCAUACCCACAGUCGGCAUUGUGGACAGCAAUUGUAAUCCAAAUCUGAUCACCUAUCCAGUGCCCGGCAACGACGAUUCCCCCGCAGCUGUUGAGCUCUACUGCAGUCUGUUCAAGGAGGCCAUCCUGAGGGGCAAACGCAAGCGUCGCGAGCUGCUCGGCCUUCCUCCCUUGGACGAGACACAGCCGAGGCGCAGCCGCAAUACCAAAACCAAGAGCAAUUAGUUUUAGGAUGAGAAUUUGUUACAUUUAUCUGAAUACAAAUACCGCUGCUGUCUGGCAGAAAACCGUGUUGUAUC